UGGCUUCAUUUUUGUUCCUUUUUGCUCUCUUCCUGGCUUCCCCCCAAAACAAGAGAGAAAAGCAAAUGGCCCGGGUUCCCCCCCAAUGCCUGACCUGCGUUAGCUGGGAGGAGAGCGGGAGAGGGAGCGCGCAUUCUGGAGCAGGCUGCUCUGACUCCGACCACAGGCUGUUUUGUGCAGCCUGUCCCUCUCCUUCGAAAUCAAGCAUCCCCUCCCCGAAGCAGCAGGCAGUGUGCCUCCAUUCGGCCACAUUUGGUAUGCAUGAGCAAGGCUGCAGGGAGAGGGGAGGUGGCUUUCUUAAGAAGGUUCAGGGGCUCAGGAAACGCCACUUGACUAGACUCCCAAGUUCCAGGAAGCCUCUGCCCUAAUGGAAUUUGCAGGUGUGGAGAUGACCAUGGGGUGCCAGGGUCGUGGGGGACCGUUUAUUUUCUAGGCAUUGUCCAGAUUUGCAGUCUCUUGUCUUCCCGGUGGAAUUUGGAAGGGGUCAUGAAUCAGACUGAUGCUUCUCGACCCCUAAAUUGGACAAUCCGGAAGCUAUGCCACGCAGCCUUCCUCCCAUCUGUCAGACUUCUCAAGGCUCAGAAAUCCUGGAUUGAAAGAGCAUUUUAUAAAAGAGAAUGUGUUCACAUCAUACCCAGCACCAAAGACCCCCAUAGGUGUUGCUGUGGGCGCCUAAUAGGCCAGCAUGUCGGACUCACUCCCAGUAUCUCUGUGCUUCAGAAUGAGAAAAAUGAGAGUCGUCUCUCCCGAAAUGACAUCCAGUCUGAGAAGUGGUCCAUCAGCAAACAUACUCAGCUCAGCCCAACAGAUGCUUUUGGGACCAUUGAGUUUCAAGGAGGCGGCCAUUCCAACAAAGCCAUGUACGUCCGAGUAUCUUUUGAUACGAAACCUGAUCUCUUGCUACACCUGAUGACCAAGGAAUGGCAACUGGAGCUCCCUAAACUUCUCAUCUCUGUGCACGGAGGGCUGCAGAACUUUGAACUCCAGCCCAAACUCAAGCAAGUCUUCGGGAAAGGGCUCAUCAAAGCAGCCAUGACAACCGGAGCGUGGAUCUUCACAGGAGGAGUCAACACAGGUGUCAUUCGUCAUGUUGGAGAUGCGUUGAAGGACCAUGCAUCUAAAUCUCGAGGGAAGAUAUGUACCAUAGGUAUCGCCCCCUGGGGAAUUGUGGAAAACCAGGAGGACCUGAUUGGAAGAGAUGUAGUCCGGCCAUACCAGACCAUGUCCAACCCCAUGAGCAAGCUCACCGUUCUCAAUAGCAUGCAUUCCCACUUCAUCCUUGCUGACAAUGGGACCACAGGAAAAUAUGGAGCAGAGGUGAAACUCCGCAGACAACUGGAAAAGCACAUUUCACUCCAGAAGAUAAACACAAGAUGCCUGCCGUUUUUCUCUCUUGACUCCCGCUUGUUUUAUUCAUUUUGGGGUAGUUGCCAAUUAGACCCAAUUGGAAUCGGCCAAGGGGUUCCAGUGGUGGCACUCAUAGUGGAAGGAGGACCCAACGUGAUCUCCAUUGUUUUGGAGUACCUUCGUGACACCCCUCCUGUACCAGUCGUGGUCUGUGAUGGGAGUGGACGGGCAUCCGACAUCCUGGCAUUUGGGCAUAAAUAUUCAGAAGAAGGCGGACUUAUCAAUGAAUCUUUGAGGGACCAGCUCUUGGUGACAAUACAGAAGACUUUCACGUACACUCGUACCCAAGCUCAGCAUCUGUUCAUCAUCCUCAUGGAAUGCAUGAAGAAGAAGGAACUGAUCACAGUAUUUCGAAUGGGAUCAGAAGGCCACCAGGACAUUGAUUUAGCUAUCCUGACAGCAUUACUCAAAGGAGCCAAUGCAUCGGCCCCAGACCAACUGAGCUUAGCUUUAGCCUGGAACAGAGUUGACAUCGCUCGCAGCCAGAUCUUUAUUUACGGGCAACAGUGGCCGGUAGGGUCCCUGGAGCAAGCCAUGCUGGAUGCCCUGGUUCUGGACAGAGUGGAUUUUGUGAAAUUACUCAUAGAGAAUGGAGUAAGCAUGCACCGUUUUCUCACCAUCUCCAGACUAGAGGAACUGUACAACACGAGACAUGGGCCCUCAAAUACAUUGUACCACUUGGUCAGGGAUGUCAAAAAGCGAGAGUAUCCAGGUUUCGGUUGGAUCUAUUUUAAGGGAAACUUGCCCCCGGACUACAGAAUCAGCCUCAUAGACAUUGGCCUGGUGAUUGAGUACCUGAUGGGCGGGGCUUACCGCUGCAACUACACGCGCAAGCGCUUCCGGACCCUGUACCACAAUCUGUUUGGCCCCAAAAGGCCCAAAGCCUUGAAACUGCUGGGAAUGGAGGAUGACAUUCCCUUGAGGAGAGGAAGAAAGACAACUAAGAAGCGUGAAGAAGAGGUAGACAUUGACUUGGAUGACCCUGAGAUCAAUCACUUCCCAUUCCCCUUCCAUGAGCUGAUGGUGUGGGCUGUCCUAAUGAAGAGGCAGAAGAUGGCCCUGUUCUUCUGGCAGCAUGGAGAGGAGGCCAUGGCCAAAGCCUUGGUAGCCUGCAAGCUCUGCAAAGCCAUGGCUCAUGAGGCCUCUGAGAAUGACAUGGUUGAUGACAUUUCCCAGGAGCUGAAUCACAACUCCAGGGACUUUGGCCAGCUGGCUGUGGAACUCUUGGACCAAUCCUACAAGCAGGAUGAGCAACUGGCCAUGAAACUGCUAACAUAUGAGUUGAAGAACUGGAGCAAUGCCACAUGCCUGCAGCUGGCCGUGGCUGCCAAGCACCGUGACUUCAUUGCACACACGUGCAGCCAGAUGUUGCUUACUGACAUGUGGAUGGGCCGGCUCCGCAUGCGCAAGAACUCAGGCCUCAAGGUAAUUCUGGGAAUUCUACUUCCUCCUUCAAUUCUCAGCUUGGAGUUCAAGAACAAAGACGACAUGCCCUAUAUGACUCAGGCCCAAGAAAUUCAUCUGCAAGAGAAGGAGCCAGAGGAGCCAGAGAAGACCACAAAGGAAAAAGAUGAAGAGGACAUGGAAUUAACAGCGAUGUUGGGGAGAAACAACGGGGAGUCAUCCAGGAAAAAGGACGAAGAAGAAGUCCAAAGCAGGCACCGACUAAUCCCCGUGGGCCGAAAAAUCUAUGAGUUCUACAAUGCACCCAUUGUGAAGUUCUGGUUCUAUACCCUGGCAUAUAUCGGAUAUCUGAUGCUCUUCAAUUACAUCGUUCUAGUGAAGAUGGAGCGCUGGCCUUCCACUCAGGAAUGGAUCGUCAUCUCCUACAUUUUCACUCUGGGAAUAGAGAAGAUGAGAGAGAUCCUGAUGUCAGAGCCCGGCAAGCUGCUGCAGAAAGUGAAAGUGUGGCUGCAGGAGUACUGGAACGUCACAGACCUCAUAGCCAUCCUUCUCUUCUCCGUGGGAAUGAUCCUUCGUCUUCAAGACCAGCCCUUCAGGAGUGAUGGGAGGGUCAUCUAUUGUGUGAACAUCAUUUAUUGGUACAUCCGUUUACUAGACAUCUUCGGCGUGAACAAGUAUCUGGGCCCAUAUGUAAUGAUGAUUGGGAAAAUGAUGAUAGAUAUGAUGUACUUUGUCAUCAUUAUGCUGGUGGUGCUGAUGAGCUUUGGGGUCGCCAGGCAAGCCAUCCUCUUUCCCAAUGAGGAGCCAUCUUGGAAACUGGCCAAGAAUAUCUUCUACAUGCCAUACUGGAUGAUUUAUGGGGAAGUGUUUGCAGACCAGAUAGACCGUAAGCAAGUUUAUGAUUCUCAUACACCAAAGUCAGCUCCCUGUGGCCAGAAUGAGACCCGAGAAGAUGGCAAGACAAUCCAGCUGCCCCCAUGCAAGACAGGAGCAUGGAUUGUGCCAGCCAUCAUGGCCUGCUACCUCCUGGUGGCAAACAUCCUUCUGGUCAACCUCCUUAUUGCCGUCUUCAACAAUACAUUUUUUGAGGUAAAGUCAAUAUCCAACCAAGUAUGGAAAUUUCAGAGGUACCAACUCAUCAUGACUUUCCACGAGAGGCCAGUUCUGCCCCCACCACUCAUCAUCUUCAGCCACAUGACCAUGAUAUUCCAACAUGUGUGUUGUCGGUGGAGGAAGCACGAGAGUGACCCAGAUGAAAGAGACUACGGCCUGAAACUCUUCAUAACUGAUGAUGAGCUCAAGAAAGUACACGAUUUUGAAGAGCAGUGCAUAGAGGAGUAUUUCAGAGAGAAGGAUGAUCGCUUCAAUUCAUCCAAUGAUGAGAGGAUCCGGGUGACGUCAGAAAGGGUGGAGAACAUGUCCAUGAGGCUGGAGGAAGUUAAUGAGAGAGAACACUCUAUGAAGGCUUCACUUCAGACUGUGGACAUCCGGCUGGCACAGCUGGAAGAUCUCAUCGGGCGCAUGGCCACAGCCCUGGAGCGUCUAACCGGUCUGGAGCGGGCAGAGUCCAAUAAGAUCCGCUCAAGGACCUCCUCAGACUGCACAGAUGCAGCCUACAUCGUCCGCCAGAGCAGCUUCAACAGCCAGGAGGGGAACACCUUCAAACUUCAAGAGAGUAUAGACCCUGCAGGUGAGGAGACCAUGUCCCCAACUUCUCCAACCUUAAUGCCCCGUAUGCGAAGCCAUUCUUUCUAUUCAGUCAAUGUGAAAGACAAAGGUGGUAUAGAAAAGUUGGAAAGCAUUUUCAAGGAAAGGUCCCUGAGCUUACACCGAGCUACUAGCUCCCACUCAGUAGCCAAAGAACCCAAAGCUCCUGCAGCCCCUGCAAACACCUUGGCCGUUGUUCCUGACUCCAGAAGACCUUCGUCUUGCAUAGACAUCUAUGUCUCUGCCAUGGAUGAGCUCCACUGUGAUAUAGACCCUCUGGAUAAUUCCAUGAACAUCCUUGGGCUGGGCGAACCUAGCUUUUCAGCUCUAGCGCCUUCCACAGCCCCUUCAAGUAGUGCCUAUGCAACCCUUGCACCUACUGACCGGCCUCCAAGCAGGAGCAUUGAUUUUGAAGAUCUCACCUCCAUGGACACUAGAUCCUUUUCUUCAGACUAUACCCACCUCCCAGAGUGCCAAAACCCUUGGGACACCGACCCUCCAAUGUACCAUACCAUCGAGCGUUCCAAGAGUAGCCGCUACCUAGCAACCACACCUUUUCUUCUGGAAGAGGCCCCCAUUAUAAAAUCCCAUAGCUUUAUGUUUUCUCCUUCAAGGAGUUACUAUGCCAACUUUGGGGUGCCCGUGAAAACAGCAGAAUACACAAGUAUUACAGACUGUAUUGACACAAGGUGUGUCAAUGCCCCUCAAGCGAUUGCUGACAGAGCCACCUUCCCUGGAGGUCUCGGAGACAAAGUAGAGGACUUAUCUUGUUGCCACCCUGAGCGAGAAGCAGAGCUGAGCCAUCCUAGCUCUGACAGUGAGGAAAAUGAGGCCAGAGGCCGGAGAGCUGCCAAUCCAAUCUCCUCUCAGGAGGCUGAAAAUGCAGACAGAACCCUAUCCAACAACAUCACAGUUCCUAAGAUAGAGCGCGCCAACAGCUACUCAGCAGAGGAGCCAAGCGCGCCAUAUGCACAUACCAGGAAGAGCUUCUCCAUCAGUGACAAGCUUGAUAGACAGAGGAACACCUCAAGCCUACGAAAUCCCUUCCAGAGAAAACAUCCUUUUUAUUCAGUAUAAGCCGGCAGCAAGCAGUUCUACCUAACGUCCCACAUCCUUCUCAUGCCAACUUCUGUAAUUGGUCAUUAUAAAGAAAAACAAGGUAACAGUCAUAUGUACAGUUCACCUGUCUCUUAUAUAUUCACUUCUGGUGCCACAACUGUUUAUCUCUUUAGAAGAAAAUAAGGGAACAGAAAUGCCUUUUUUUUUUAUUUUUGUCUUGCAAUCAAAAUGAAUGAAGAAUUGAUGUUGAAAGCAAAAGUCAUAUGAUUUAUAAUAUACCAUGGGCAAUCAAGUAUAUAGUCAAGCAAGCUCAGGAUGAAUGUAAUUAGAUAUUUUAUAUUUUUAAGUUAUUUUGUAUCUCACCUGUCAUCAGUGAAUUCACUCAUCAAAUAUGUAAUGUUGAACUUUAAGAA